CUAAUUCACAUUACCAAUUUCCCAAUCUCACACCCUGACAUUACAAUCCCUUCCUCUAAAAAAAACCUUGACCUCAAGGUUGUGUUCGAGCAACAAAGGUGGGGAAUCAACUGCACAUGUAAGACCAGUCCUCCCAAGUGGCUUCCUCAGGCCCCAAAUUUGACCAUUGGACCAAAACUUGAACAACAGCGGGAUUGUUGACUUUAACGAUGGGCCGUUGCAAAUUAGCUAAAGGUUCUAGCAAAACACCUCCGGUGCCGUCGCAAGCUGGUGGUUGUUGUUGAGGAGUGAUGCUAGGCCCCACACGACGCUUCAACUGAGAAACGUGGAACACCGGGUGGAUCUGAGACCUCGGUGGCAGCUCUAGACGAUGCUAACUGGUACUGAAUCUAGUUUUAGGGGUAUGAAAUGGUCAUGGCUUCUCUAUGGUGGUAAUGAUGUAGGCUCCAAAAACACAUCAGCAUGCUCCUUCAGUGUUUUGGUUAUUGCUUCAGGUGCUAAUACAGUGUUAUCUGCUCUAGGUCUACUACUAGAACCACUCGAUUGCACAUUCAUCCUUGGUGGACCACUAAGUAUCCCAUCUUGUGGAGGAAGGAGCCUCUCCAUCAUCAUAUCAAGCUUCCUUCCCAACUCAUCAAUCUUCGCAUCUGUGGCUUCUGAUUUCUUACUAGUUUUAGCCAUGUGGCUCUGUAAUUGUGCUUCUACUUUUUUUACAUUUUCCUCCAUUGAUUUACACCUAGUUUCUAUAAUUGUCAUUAUAGAAUUCUUCUUGUUUAGGGCCAGGAUUGUGCUUUGAUACCAAUUGUAAUAUACGAGGACUGAAAAAUAGUUAUUGACACAGAAUUUGGGAAUUAUAUUGAUACUGAAAUUCGAUCACAUGAACUACACAAAUGAUCUACUAAAAUGAUUGUACAAAUUGAAUGAUUAAAGCUAAAUCUCCAUUGAUGAGCUUGAGCUUUGAGUUCAGUUACCUGCAAGAAAAGAAAGAAGAGAAUGAGAAAGGAUUUAGAUAGAUAUUUUGUAGAGAGAAGAUUUUAGGAGUUUAGAUUGAUUCCAGAUUUUCCAUAAUCGCUUUUCCCUCCACUCGUGUAUAUAAUUGGUUGAAGUUGUUAUUCACGUUUGUUAGGCCCAAACGAAUCUCAGUUGUUGAUCAGUAUUCCUUCUGAGUCAUUAGAUGGUGAUCCGCGUCACUAGCUCAUUUAUUCGCUGGCAUCAUCCUGAGCUUCCACGUGUACACUCAGCUGACCCCUUAUUCU